AUAUUCGAGAAUAAACUCCACAAGUUAAAAAAUAAACCAAAUUUAACUAGACACCAUUGUUGCCAUAAUUGCGGCCAAAUAGUUAUCUAUUGUCGAAUGGACAUUAUAUAAAAUAUGUGACAAAAAUCCUUUACCAAAGGUUUAUGAAUAAGACGAGAUUUUGACAUUGAUUACAGAAUGUACUGAGAUUUAAAACAUACUAGAAUAUCCAUGCUAGAAAAAAAAGCGGGUGACAUUGAUAUAGUGGCAAUGAAAGCCAGUAACUAUUUAAUGGAGGCCGCCCAUUCUUUCCGUAUCUACCUCAAGAAUCACUGCGCAGUCCGAAAGCCUAAAAAAGGCGAAGCGCCCAAACCGGAGCGGAAGCCGAAUAAGGCGGUGAUAUGGGUCGCUAAGGAGUACCCGAAGUGGCAACAUAUCAUUUUGAGUACUCUCAAGGAGUUAAAUGGGCCUUCAGGUCUCCCCGAUAACAAAGUAUUAUCAACAAAACUUUCUGCUAUAAACGAUCUUAAAAAAUAUAUGAAAAGAGUGAUGCCAUUCGUUCAAGCCACAAGAGAUAAUCUACAAAAGAUUGGUCCCGAAGCCCUCUCUGUUGCCUUGCCCUUUGAUGAGGCCCAACUGCUUGAAGAUAACAAACAAUAUCUGCUGAAUACUUUGGGUGUAAGUAUUUGUAGGCUUAAUAUUUACUGCUUCGUAUAA